CCUAUAUUCUACUUAAUCUCACUUUCGCUAAUUAACUCUUUACAUACACACAAAAAGAAAAACAACAACCGCAACCAUGCUUGUUUACCAGGAUCUUCUUACAGGUGAUGAGCUUCUCUCUGAUUCAUUCCCCUACAAGGAAAUUGAGAAUGGGAUGCUAUGGGAAGUGGAAGGAAAGUGGGUUGUUCAAGGAGCAGUAGAUGUGAAUAUUGGUGCUAACCCUUCUGCUGAGGGUGGAGACGAGGAUGACGGUGUUGAUGAUCAAGCUGUGAAAGUGGUUGAUAUUGUUGACACUUUCAGGCUUCAGGAGCAACCAACUUUUGAUAAGAAGCAAUUUGUUACUUACAUGAAAAGAUAUAUUAAGUUGCUGACAUCUAAAUUAGAGCCAGAAAAGCAAGAGUUGUUUAAGAAGCACAUUGAAGCAGCAACUAAGUUUCUCCUCCCAAAACUCAAAGACCUACAAUUUUUUGUUGGAGAGAGCAUGCAUGAUGAUGGAAGUCUUGUAUUUGCUUACUACAAGGACGGUGCCACUGAUCCUACUUUUCUCUACUUUGCUUAUGGCUUGAAGGAAAUCAAGUGCUAGGCUCAUUUAGUUAUCAUCUAAAAAAAGAUUAUGUUCUUUAAUU